AUGAGGAGCUUCCUACUGGCGAUUGCGCUCUAUGGAGCACUUUCUUGUGCUUUGCCCUUAACCCAGGAAGCUGAUCAAGUUGCAGAAGCGGACUUGAACUUUGCCAAGGUAAUGGUUGAUGGUAGCACAGAGGAGAAACAGAAUUCUUCUGGUAGAUUGACUAGCAAAAAAAGUAGACAGUUGCUAAAUGCCUUGUGCAAAGUGGAAUUCAAUGUGAUGCUUAUAGCCUGGGGAAAUGUAGAUUCAGUCCUCUCCUCCUCAGAGCUGCUGGAUGGGUUAAUUCUUCAUGCAUAAAUACACCUUAGAGCAACUUCCAUUCAGCUGAGGAAGCAUGCCUAGGAUUGCAUUGUUAAUAUCUGUGAGCUUCAGUUCCUUUGUCGGUAACAUGGGUGCAAUGGUGAAUGACCUUCUUCGUUGCGAACAAAGGCAGAAAGUAUGAAUGGCUAAUUUUAAAAUGUGAAUGAAUAUAUGUGAAAAUAGUUCUAUAAGCAGUCAAAUAUAUCUUUUCUUCCAAUCAGAAAUACAUAGAAAACUACUAUCCUGAUUCGGCAUCGACGCCUGUCAUAAGAAGCAAAGGAAGCGACGAUAUUCCUGCUGACAAAAUACGGCUGAUGCAGGAACGCUUUGGGCUGAAAGUGACAGGCAGAUUGGAUUCAAACACUUUGGCUUUAAUGAGGAAGCCCAGGUGUGGGGUUCCUGAUGUAGCAGAAUACAGCACCUUUCCUGGGGAUCCAGCAUGGAAGAAAACAAAACUGACAUAUAGGUAAGGUUUCAGUACACUUAACUGAUUUUAAGAUGCCAUUGGAAGAUGCUAGAAAUGUUGGCAUUCCUCAGUAAGAAUAGUAAUGGUCUUUCCUCAAAGUUGUCUAGUCCAUCAUGAUUGAUCUUCCUGCAUAAUGAAGAGUUGGGGCACAAUUAAUUACAGUGCUCCCUUGGUUCUCAAAUGACUUGGAACUCAAACACCUUGGUUCUCAAAUGCCGAAAACCCGGAAGUAAGUGUUCCGGUUUUCAAAUGUUUUUCAGAAGUCGAACAUGGCUAUAGCUAUUGUUUCCAGGGCACCUGCACCAAUCAGAAGCUGUGCCUUGGUUUUCGGACAUUUUGGAAGUCAAAUGGACUUCCAGAAUUGAUUAAGUUUGGCGGUUUUGUUUUUGCUACUUAAUUUGCUUUUUUAUUUUUGAAGCUUUUUUGGUUAAUUUGUUUUUGUGACUGUGUGGAACCCAGUUCAGCUAUUGAUUGAUUGAUUGAUUGUGUGACUGUGGAAAUAGAUAAAAGCCCCCCAUCCAAACAAUGACUAUCAUCAGUGCAGGUAAGAAAAAAUAAUAAUUUUAAUUUUAAUCAUCUACAAUACUAUCUUAUUUAUUUUAUAGUACAGGACAUUGUUGAUUGCUUUCAUUUUAUGGAUCAAUGGUCUCGUUGGAUAGUAAAAUUCAUGUUAAAUUGCUGUUUUAGGUGUUGUUUUUAAAAGUCUGGAAUGGAUUAAUCCAUUUUGCAUUACUUUCUAUGAGGAAAGCGCUCCUUGGUUUUGGAACGCUUUGGUUUGGGAACAGACUUCCGGAAGGGAUUAAGUUUGAGAACCAAUGUACCACUGUAGUUCAUAGUUUGCAAGAAGCUUAAAAGCCUGCUCAUCAUUUCAUCGCUUUGAUGCACCUAGAAAUACAAGGAGCAUGGAUUUUGUGUCAGAUGUGCUGAGAUGUAGAAAGAUGUCCCUCUUUCACCAGAGACUUCGAAAGCUGUGUGGUGCCAUUUCUUUCAUACGUACUUUUUCUUUACAACUCUGUGUUUCACAGCGUUCUGAAUUACACGCCAGACAUGGACCGCACUGACGUAGAUGUUGCCAUCGAGAGAGCUUGGAAAGUUUGGAGUGAUGUGACUCCCCUGACCUUCACCAGGGUUUAUGGGAAACCUGCAGAUAUUGAGAUCUCCUUUGCUGCUAGAUGUAAGUAAACCACACACAAAUAGAUAUAGGUAGUUUUACUCAGGUUCCUGGCCAGGCGACUUAUACACAUAUUCUUUGAUUUAUUUAUUUUUAAAGCUCAUGGUGACUAUAUCCCGUUCGAUGGACCAGGCGGGCAAUUGGCUCAUGCAUUUUCACCUGCUUAUGGUGGAAAUGCCCAUUUCGAUGAGGAUGAAUCCUGGGUGCGGGAUUUAACAGGUAAUUUGUUUACUUUUGUCUCAAUAUAUUCAGCUGUACACUUGCUUGUAAUGGCUUUCAGUGUGACUCUUAUUUACAUAUACUGCAAAAUAGUGAGACACGGAUACCAUUCUAAUCCUAGGAUAUAAAAAUGCUUACCGUAUUUUUCUGUGUAUAAGAUGCCCCCGUGUAUAAGACGACCCCUAUUUUUUUAAACCCAAAAUUAAGAAAUUAAGUUGUUUAGCUUUUUUGGGGGGUGGGGUAGGUCACUUCCACCAAUCGCUCACCCGCCUGCCCAUCACUGCUGAUCGCUUGCCACAGCCACUGCUGAUCGCACACCUCGCCGCAGCCGCCAAUUGUCUGCCCUCUUGCCGCCACCAACAGCCCACCCGCCCACUUGCCACAGCCAAUCACCAGCAGGCCUUGCCGCAGCCACCAAUCACCCGCCCAAUCACCGCUGCCAAUCUCCUGCUUGCUGUUGCCAUUAAUCGCACGUCCCCCCUCUGCAUUCACUAUCUGUGUAUAAGACGACACCCAAUUUUUGCCUGAUUUUUUUUAGCAAAAAGCAUCACCUUAUACAUGGAAAAAUAUGGUGUGUGUUUAGGGGCCUUCCUCUACAUUUCUGACAUACAAAAGCAACCUGUCUUCAGAUGGCCAAACUAUGGGAGUCACUACUACAAGAUGCUGCAAUGGCCCCCAGUGUGGGUGGCUUUAAAGGGGAUUAGACAAAUUCAUGGGGGAUAAGCCUAUCAAUGGCUUCUAGUGCAUCCCAACUUCAUGACUCUAAUAGCAGUUGCUAAGAAUUGCAAGUGGAAAAGGCACUGUUGCUCUCAGAUCAUGUUUGAGGCUUCUGGAGGCUGCUCCAUUAGGACAAAUGGAGUGCUGCCUCCUUUAGCCUUCCUUCCUUUUGACCUGCAACCAUUCUGACGGGUGGCCCUGCCUUUCAGCUUCCUGCUCCUUAAUCUCAGUGCCCUUGCAGAACUCAGCAGGGAGGUGGAUGGGGACAACCCUGGAAUUAGUAAGCUCUGACUGUCAUUGGCGCUGGCCGAGUCUGCUGCUUGCCCUUCUGACUCCAACUUUACCAGUCCCAAUGAGUGACAGUCCCCACUGCCACUGUGAGCACAGCAUGUGAGUUUAGAUGGGUCUUGGGUGCUUAUCUAGCAGGACUCUUCUGGUGUUCAUGGCAUUUAUUACUUCAAAAAUCAUGUCCGAUAGGAGCUUUUUCUUCAGAAGCCUAAUCUGUAAGGAUGGAGAAACGUAUUCUGGUCCAUGUCACUUACACAUUUGUUCACUCAUGGGGCUGUUCCAUCCAAUAUUUCUAUUCUUCUCAAAAAAAAUUAAAGCUACAAAAAAAAUUCAAAAUAUAUAUACAGUUAAAUGUAUCUUUUUGAAUGCGCCAGUAGCGGUUUAGUCCUGCUGGCCACAUGACCUGGAAAACUGUCUGUGGACAAACACCGGCUCCUUCGGCCUGAAAGCGAGAUGAGCGCCGCAACCCCAUAGUUGUCUUUGACUGGACUUAACAGUCCAGGGGUCCUUUACCUUUACCUUACCCCUAAAUAUAUGUUGCAGAACAUAUUACCUCUCAAUAAUACACAAUUUAAAAUGCAGAAAGGCAUCACAUUAGAAACACAAAAUCUGCUGGCUAGAUACAUUCUGCCACACAUUAAGCUGGAAAAGGUUGAACUGGGUCAUUCCCUAGUGGAAUUUGCCAAAAUUGAAUCCUUAAAGUCCCCCGAGUAUAUAUUUCACUAUCUUAUACCCAGGUGAGCUUCACAAGUACUCACAAUCUUCCUGUUUCCUUUUAGGAGUCAACCUUUUCCUUGUUGCUGCUCACGAGUUUGGCCACUCACUGGGUCUCAGGCAUUCUGGCAUUUGGGGGGCUCUGAUGUUUCCAACUUAUCAAGCUACGGACCCGCAAAACUUCAGGCUUCACCAAGAUGACAUUGAAGGCAUCCAGUCCCUUUAUGGUAAGUACAGACUCCCAGAUGAUUGUGUGGAUUUAUUCCAUGCAAGAAGAGCACUGGCUAAGAGUCCUUAGCCUAAGGACAUUCCCAGAAGGGAAAUUGCCCAUCACUUUCUCCCGGCUGCUGUUCCAGCAGAAGAAACUCUGGAGAGUGGCCUUCUGAACAAUAUGGUAUGGAGAGACUGUGGAAGACAGUGGCAGGAAACUUGACUUCCAUGAAAUUCCUUAAAGUAACUUAGAGUCUGAGGACAAUUCCUCCUCUUCCUCCCAGCACCCCCCACAUGCUCUUUCUCGUUUAUUUAUUUUUAGGAAGGCCCUUUAAACCUCAAGAGAGGCUUUUCAGGGGCACCGGGGGCUGGGCAAGAGAAGGGAUUGGGAACUCUUUUUCUGUGAAUUUCCUUAGUUUGGGAAUCUAGUUCAGCUCACCACCUGAUGUGAAUUGGCAGAGCCAACCUGUUAUUUCAUCCAUUAUCGGGUUUGGCCACCAUCCAGUGAAGCCUCUUGCUCUGAGCUGCAUCUUGCAAAACCUGCUUGUUCUUCAGCUCUUCUCUUUAACCCCUUUUCAAGGACCCCCUGAAGGUGGUGAGGAUGGUGAUGGUGAUGACAGUUCGUCAGGAAACCCAGAGCCAGCAACAGAGGCACCAUCCACAGACUUGUGUGACCCUCGCUUGGCUUUUGAUGCUGUUUGCUCUCUCCGAGGGGAAACCAUGUUCUUUAAAAACAAGUAAGUUAUCUCCAGGGGAUAAGUUAUCUCCAAGGGACGCGGGUGGCGCUGUGGGUUAAACCACAGUGCCUAGGACUUGCCAAUCAGAAGGUGGGCGGUUCGAAUCCCUGCGACGGGGUCAGCUCCUGUUGCUCGGUCCCUGCUCCUGCCAACCUAGCAGUUCAAAAGCACAUCAAAGUGCAAGUAGAUAAAUAGGUACCGAUCCGGUGGGAAGGUAAACGGCAUUUCCGUGCGCUGCUCUGGUUCGCCAGAAGCGGCUUAGUCAUGCUGGCCACAUGACCUGGAAACUGUACGCUGGCUCCCUCGGCCAGUAAAGCGAGAUGAGCGCCGCAACCCCAGAGUCAGCCACAACUGGAACUAAUGGUCAGGGUUAAGUUACCUACAAAGCACUGACAUCUUUCAUUUCUAAUUCAAAGUCAUGCCCAACCCCUUCAGCUGCAUUUCAACCCAAAGCACUGGACGAUGAUAUCUGGAUGUUCCCUUUUGUUUUGUUGGGCUUUACUGCUACUUCAGAUGGGUUUAAUUGUUGGCCUGUCAUCUUGGUUUGCCAUUCCUUGUCUUCUUUCAAUCUCCGGGCUACUAGCAUCCGGGCAGCUGUUGUUCCGUACAUAAAAAGUCUAUGCCGAAAUGACAAAACUGACCGGAAAACUCAGAAACCAAGAGGAUAAAAACUUUAUGAAAGAUCGGGGGGGGGGGGGGAUUAUAAGUUAUCUAGGAGACCACUGUAAGCAGAUGGAAAAACUGGCAGGAUUUUAAUUUCACUUGUAGUGUAACAAUUACCGUAUUUUUCGCCCCAUAGGACGCACUUUUUCCCCUCCAAAAAUGAAGGGGAAAUGUGUGUGCGUCCUAUGGGGCGAAUGCGUGCGCACCGACCCCUCUCGCUCUCCAGGCUUCAGGAAGCUAUCCGCAAGCCUUGCAAGCCCGGCGGGAGUUCCCGCGGGCUCACAAGGCUUGCAGGCAGCAGCCUGCAGCCCCGGCGAGUGUCCGCAAGCCUUGCGCGCCCGGCAGGAGGUCCCGCCGAGCGCGCGAGCCUUGGGGCGGUAGCCUGCAGCCCGAAGCACGCGGAGCCCUCCGUAGGGUGCCCCGUGCUUCGGGCAGGUGUGCGCAAGGCUUGGGGCGGCAGCCGCGGCGGGGGGGGAUAAUUUUUUUUAUUCAUUUCCCCCCCCCAAAAAACGAGGUGCGUCCUAUGGGCCGGUGCGCCCUAUAGGACAAAAAAUACGGUACUAUGGAUAAUAUGGAUUGAUAUAACACUCAGAGUUUGGAAGAAUAUGCAGUUUGAAAUGUUUAACAUGGGACCCCAUGGGGGAGGGGUUCCAAAAUUCGGAGUAAUCUCUGUUUAUGGAUAUAUAUUUGAAUUUUAAAAAAAUAUAUAAUUUUGUAUUUGUAAAAUCAAAUAAAAAUGAUUUCAAAAUAACAAUUAAAAAAAAUAAUUGUUGACCUGUCAGUAGCCCAGUGAAUUUUACAUAUUUGUAGAGCUUGCUACAAAUAUGUGUAAUAAACAGAGAAAACCACCUUUUACUGAGUCAGACCACUGGGUGACCUAGUUCAGUAUUGUCUACACUGCUGAGUAAAAGCUUUCCUGGGUUUGAGACUAGGCAACUCUCCCAGACCUGUCUGGUGAUGGCAGGGAUUGGAUCUGGAACCUCCUGCAUGCUAAGCUGGUGAUCUACCACUGAGGUUCCUGCAUUGCAGGGGUCAGACUAGAUGACCCUCGGGAUCCCUUCCAACUCUACAAUUCUAUGGUUCUGUGUUUCUAAACAUUCACAUUGUCUCCCCCAGUUUUUUCUGGAGAAAGAAUCCCCAGAGAAGAGAUGUUGAAAAGGUUCCUAUUUCUGCUUUCUGGCCAGCUUUGAGCAAGGGCAUAGACGCUGCGUAUGAAGUUAAGGCUGAUGACACAGUGUUUCUCUUCAAAGGUAAAUGUUGUGAGUAUGAGUGAAUGGCAAGUAAAGAAGCUAAGAAGGAGUUGAGUGGAGGGUGUCACGUUAUUAAGCAGAAAUAGCUGUGGAAGAGGCUACAGAAUGUUACUUACCGAAUCCUAAGCUACAAAGUGUGGCUGUUAGAAUGCCGUAUUAAGACCUUGGGAGGCUAGGGCUGAAAUCCUAACUCAGUCCUAACCUAUUUUACAGGAUUACUGUCAGGGUUUUAAAACUCUUUGAAGGAAAAGGUGGGAUAUAAGCACAAUAAUACUGUAUAUAAAUAAAAUAAAAUUCUGGGCUGCUGUUAGUGAAACUACUUCAUGUUUCUUAGGAAAUCAGUCCCACGCCUCCUUAAUAUAUUAUUAUUAUUAUUAUUAUUAUUAUUAUUAUUAUUAUUAUUUGUACCACACCUAUCUGACUGGGUCGCCCCAGCCAUUUAUUUAUUUACUAAAACCACAUCAAUGCUAUUUUUGACAUACCCAUCAUGAAGUUUUAAAGAAACAUUACAUAAAUAUGACUUCAAUAUGUAACUUGCAAAAUAAAUAGAUGAGCAGCCAGCAUUAGGCCAAAAGAGACAUAUUAUUAUAGUCAAGUGGUAUCAAUAUCCUGGAAAGGCCUAAGGAAAUCGAUAAGUUUCUACCAAGGUACACAAAUACCACCUGCAUUGGUGCCUGCCUUGAUUCAGAGGAAAGAUGAUUCCAAACAGGAUCUUUCUUGUGUAAGCUAAUAAAGGCUAGUAGAUUAUAACAAAGGGAAUUAUUAUUAUUAUUAUUAUUAUUAUUAUUAUUAUUAUUGUUAUUAUUAUUAAAAUGUGUAUACUGCCCUAUACCCAUAGAUCGCAGGGUGCUUCACAACAUUCAGGAAUCCUGGGCUCUCUCCUUCAGAUUUGUUCCAUCUUCAUGCAAAGCUCUCUCAAUCGUUUUUCUUUCUGUCUGUCUUUUGCUUAACAGGACACAAGUACUGGGCCACCAAGGGAAAUAUUAUACAGAGAGGCUUCCCCAAGAAUAUUCACAGCCUGGGCCUCCCCAAAAGUGUUAAGAGCAUUGAUGCAGCUGCUCAUGACAGCAGCUCAAAGAAGACGUAUUUCUUCUCUGGAAACAGUUACUGGAGGUAAGGGGAACUUACCUAGCUCAAGUGGAGCAAUCCAGAAAGUUCAUUGAGAAGCUCUUUAAUUCAGAAAUGAGGAACUGGUGGCCCUCAAGAUGCCAUUGGACCCCAAAGCCCAUCAGCCCCAGCAAAAGUUGCCAAUGGGCAGGGAUGUUGAGAGCUGUAGUCUCAGUAACAUCUGGAGGACCAACCCUCCUUUAAAUCCUUUGCAACUGAAAUGCAAAUAAUGUACAGUGGUACCUCGGGUUACAUAGGCUUCAGGUUACAUACGCUUCAGGUUACAGACUCCGCUAACCCAGAAAUAGUUCCUCGGGUCAAGAACUUUGCUUCAGGAUGAGAACAGAAAUCGUGCUCCAGCAGUGCGGCAGCAGCAGGAGGCCCCGUUAGCUAAAGUGGUGCUUCAGGUUAAGAACAGUUUCAGAUUAAGAAUGGACCUCAGGAACGAAUUAAGUACUUAACCCAAGGUACCACUGUAUCACGUGGUUCUUGCUGCUUUGCCACACAUCCCAGAACCAUGCAAGACACCUUUGUUUAAAAACCCCCAGUGAAGGAAAGUCCUUACACUUUACAUAUGUAGGUUCACAUAUAAGGAGUUUUCAAUGUAACUGUUUCUGCUGGUGCAAAGAGCAAUGAAUUCUCAACCCAUUCAUUUCUUUAGAUAUGAUGAAGCCCAGAAGUCCAUGGAAAAAGGCUACCCAAGAAAGAUAUCAGCUGACUUCCACCAGGUUGGCUCCAAGGUGGAUGCUGCUUUUCUGAACCAUGGUGAGCAAAUGACCAUCUUCAUGGUGCUAGCCUAUUAAACAGUAUUUUCUUCCGUGUGAUGGUGAGAUCAUAGGAGGACUUGACCACAUCUGCGAAUGUGGCAAGUUGCUCAAUGACCUGAGCAUCUCAGAACUGCUCCCUUGGCCAUGGUCCAUGUCAGGAUCUAAAAAGCAGGUCUUAGCUCAGAGCCAGGUUGGUAGCUGAGUACCAAAGUUCCUAGGGUCAGUCCCUAGUGUCUCCCGUUCGGCCUGGGAAAACCUCCUGUCUGAGACUGUUUUCUUGCCCACAAAGAUAAUUUUCAAAUUAACAGGAAACAAAUGGAAGGGGGGGAAACAUUCUUUUUUUUUUUUAGAACAGUUCACAGACCCCCCUGAAGCCCAUCCAUGGACCCCCUUGGGGUCCACAAAGCACAGGUUAAGAACCGCUGUCAUAGAGGACUCUGUGAAGACUACAGUGCUUGCUUGGCUUGAGUGAUAGUGCAACUGAGUGUGAAAUUUCCCCAGAGGCAGAAAGUUUCCCCAGAGGCAGUAUGUUUCCGAGCACAAUUCAAAGGGUUGGUGCUGACCUUUAAAGCCCUAAAUGGCCUCGGCCCAGUAUACCUGAAGUAGCGUCUCCACCCCCAUCGUUCAGCCCAGACACUGAGGUCCAGUGCCGAGGGCCUUCUGGCAGUUCCCUCACUACGAGAAGCGAAGCUAAGGGGAACCAGGCAGAGGGCCUUCCCUGUUUAGGGAAGUUUUUAAUGACUGAUGUUUUAAUGUAUUUUUAAUCAUUUGUUGGAAGCCACCCAGAGUGGCUGGGGAAACCCAGCCAGAUGGGCAGGGUAUAAAUAAUAAAUUAUUAUAAAAUUAUUAUUAUUAUUUUGAAAAACGACUGAUCAGGCACUGACUCCACUCAGUGGAUCUGAAUCCUCUUGGUCCUACAAUUGGAAGCUACUUUGCUAUUUAUGUUGGUAUCCAUUGACGAAGAAAUAAUCAAUAGCAGAAAGCCACUGAGAAUAUUCCUGCUGGGUAUGGUUCCAAAGGGAGGUAUUUCCAAGCUUAGGGGGAAACUCAAGGUUUGUAGAAGUACGAAGGAAUUGGAGGAGGAGGAUGCAGAACAGCCCACGGCUGACAUGGGAAAGGAGGCGAAAAGGAAAUUGGCAGGGGGAGGUUUGGUUGGAAUGGAGCAUUGUGGUGGAGGAGAGCAGUCAGGAAGCAAGUCUUACUGGAAAAGUGAGUACAGUGGUACCUCGGGCUACAUACGCUUCAGGUUACAGACUCCGCUAACCCAGAAAUAGUACCUCGGGUUAAGAACUUUGCUUCAGGAUGAGAACAGAAAUUGUGCUCUGGUGGUGUAGCGGCAGUGGGAGGCCCCAUUAGCUAAAGUGGUGCUUUAGGUUAACAACAGUUUCAGGUUAAGAAUGGACCUCCAGAACGAAUUAAGUUCUUAACCAGAGGUACCACUGUAGGCUCAUUCUACACUGAGGUGUUUUGUAGGGUUUUGAGAGCUUCUGUCAUCCAUUAGAUCCACAGUUUUCACUCUCCCUCAUUUUUCUUUUCAGGUCAUUUCUAUUUAUUCAUUGGCUCAGAGCAAUAUGAGUUUGACAGUGGAACCAAAAGAUUUAUCGGCAUCAAGAAGAGCAACAGCUGGUUCGGGUGCCAGUGA